GCGUCCUCUGCAGCAGCUACUAGAUGCAAUCCCCAGCGCACUGGUUCACCGUGGCAUCAAGAUGACGAGACACGUUGCUCCUUACGCUGUUCAUCCAAAGAAAAAGGUCUUUUGUUGCUUUGCAGAGCAGAGGCUUGGAGCGGCCAAAGCAUAGAUCGUGCGUCACUAUACGCACACCUUCAUACGAUCACCAGGAGUUGGGUAGCCCCGACAUCAGAUAUAGAGUGAGAGACACAUGUACGCUGGCUACAAGAACACGACAAGCCAGGUAGGGCCAACAUCUUCCUCUCCUUGUGCUCUGAUCUAUGUUUCCAUGAUUGGUUUCAGGUCAGGAUUUCUACUGCAAAUCUGACUCUUUCUUGCGUUAUUGUCUGUGCUUGUGAUGCUGAAAUCUAUUCCUCCAUUAAAGGGGCAACCUUGUCCUGUUCCGCAAAAAGCAUAGCCACCUCUUAGUAUUCCCAUCUCGUUCUUCCUUCUCUUAACCUCAAACCCCAACCCACUCCUCAAUGUGCAGCUCUUGUGUUACCACUUUCUAGUUUGAUCGUGCCCAGCAAACAACUCAAUUCUUCUCUUCAUCGUCUCUGCGACAGUAGGUGACAUCCUCCUUGCUAUGAACAUACUACAAGAGUCUGUGUGUGUGCAGCAUUGGUUACGAUGAGUGGUCCGUUGCCAUGGUGAUGCAGUGAGUGACCGCUCGCAUUGUGCCUUCAUCCUGCGGUGUGCAUGAGCAGGCAAGGAGGAAGAGCAGUCGAUGGAAGGCAUGCAAAGGAAGGGAUGUGUGCACAGGAUCAGGAAGUGCGCGGUCGAUCUGCUGUCGAUGGAGGACGAUCUGAUCGAUGCCGAGGGCGAGGAUGGGUGGGAGCUGACGGGCAGCGAGCUUCGCCUCAAGUCCACAUUCUUGUACUGUGAUCUCCACCAGGUGAUCGCCAGUGCCGGAGAAGAGCGCAAGGCUCUCACCCUCCUCGCCAACAACCUCUUCUACCGCCUGGAACAGCUGGAUGAAGCUCUCAAGAGCAGAAGCACCUCUUGGACACACGUCUGCUACCGCGACGCAACCCAUGUGUUGCAGGAACUGAUGGCAGCUCUCAUGCCCCUUCCUUUGAAAGAGCAUCAAGUAUUCUUGAGUUCCUUCUUAAAAGGAAGUGAAGCUACUCUCCAUCAUUCACAUGGUCACGGUGAAGAAGAGGUAGAUAUCCGGCAGUUGUUCAGAAGAAAACGAGGAACAAUUACUCAAGCAGACUUGGAUGAUAUCCAACAUAGUGCAGAACAGGCUGCUGCAAAUAAGAGAUGUUACAGAUCCAACUUGAAGGAGACGAGCUCAGGCUGCAAGAAGGAUCUCUUCCCUACAAUGAAACACAUGGAAGACACACAUGAAUCAAAAUUAGAACUUGAUGGCAAUAAAUAGUGCAGAACAGGCUGCUGCAAAUAAGAGAUGUUACAGAUCCAACUUGAAGGAGACGAGCUCAGGCUGCAAGAAGGAUCUCUUCCCUACAAUGAAACACAUGGAAGACACACAUGAAUCAAAAUUAGAACUUGAUGGCAAUAAGUUAGAAUAAUGUUGUUGCAAUGUAACAGCAAGAAUAAU